CCGGGGGCCGACGCUAAGAGAGGCGGAGAAGAGCUCCUCGCGGCUGGGCCGGCGGCCAGGAUGUCAGGUGGGGACUCGGCGGCGGCGGCGGCGGCGACCGCCUCCCCGCAGCCGCUCCCGUUCUCCUUGCCGAAGCCCCCUCCCCUCAUGCAGCUGACGCCGGGGGACGCCGUCCGCCCCGUCGCCUCCGCCGCGGACCAAUCGCCGAAGAGCACCCGACUGGCGGGCCGCCCGGAUUGGCCGGCCGGGAAGCCAGUCAGCCUUCUGGCCCCGUUACUCCCGCCCCGCGGGGAGCCCGAGCCGCUCAUGCCCUUUGGCCCCUCGUCGCGGCAGCCACUCAGAGGGCGGCUUCUUGGCAGGUGCAGCGGGGGCAGCCUGCUGAGCCCCUCGAUGCGGCCCGGCGGCGUCGACCGCGGCUCCCUCAUGAUGGGACACCCAGGCAUGCCACAUUAUCCUCCCAUGGGAAUGCACCCUAUGGGGCAGAGACCACCAAAUAUGCCGCCAGUUCCACACGGUAUGAUGCCUCAGAUGAUGCCCCCCAUGGGAGGACCACCAAUGGGGCAGAUGCCUGGAAUGAUGCAGUCAGUAAUGCCUGGAAUGAUGAUGUCUCACAUGUCUCAAGCUGCUAUGCAGCCUACAGUUCCGCCAGGGGUGAACAGUAUGGAUGCGCAAGUAGGUGUAACACCUCCUGGAACUCAGAGCUCUGUUUUGUUUCGCCCUCAGACAACACAUCCCGUAGUUUGCGCAGCCCAGCAAACCGCCACAACCAACAGUUCUGUUAAUGAAGAGCACUCUAAACAGAAAUCUACAUGGACAGAACACAAAUCACCUGAUGGAAGAACAUAUUACUAUAAUACUGAAACAAAGCAGUCUACAUGGGAGAAGCCAGAUGAUCUCAAAACACCUGCUGAGCAAUUGUUGUCUAAAUGUCCCUGGAAAGAGUAUAAAUCUGAUUCUGGAAAGCCCUACUAUUAUAAUUCCCAAACAAAGGAAUCGCGCUGGGCAAAACCCAAAGAGCUUGAGGAUCUUGAAGCAAUGAUUAAAGCUGAAGAAAACAGCACAAAGCCCGAAGAAUCAACUCCAACGACAUCUGCUCCAGCCGCUGCAGCAGAAGCAACAAACACGACCACCACAGCCACAACUGCUGCUGAAGCUGCCGCAGCUGUUACUACCACCACUGCCACUUCUGCAGCAGCAGCAGCCCCCGAAGCAGAAACUGCUGCAGCUUCUUCUGUGGCAGAAAAUGAGAGUAGUGGCACGGCCACAGCUGAGGAACAGGGACAAGCAACUUCUGCCCCUGCUGCGCAGGAACAGAGUGCAGAAACUGCAGCUAAUGCAGCAGACGACUCUUCCAAGCAGGAAGCCUCGGCAGAUGCUGCUUCAAAGAAAGAGGAUGACGAUGCCCAACCAGUUAAAAAAACCUAUACAUGGAAUACAAAGGAAGAAGCAAAGCAAGCAUUUAAAGAACUGUUAAAAGAAAAGCGAGUACCAUCCAAUGCUUCUUGGGAGCAAGCUAUGAAAAUGAUCAUUAACGAUCCCAGAUACAGUGCUUUGGCAAAAUUAAGUGAAAAAAAGCAAGCCUUUAAUGCUUACAAAGUUCAAACGGAAAAAGAAGAGAAAGAAGAAGCAAGAUCAAAAUACAAAGAAGCUAAAGAAUCCUUCCAGCGUUUUCUUGAAAACCAUGAAAAGAUGACAUCCACAACAAGAUACAAAAAAGCUGAACAAAUGUUUGGGGAGAUGGAAGUCUGGAACGCAAUAUCUGAGCGUGAUCGUCUUGAAAUUUAUGAAGAUGUCUUGUUUUUUCUGUCUAAGAAAGAGAAGGAACAAGCCAAACAGUUGCGAAAGAGGAACUGGGAAGCUUUGAAGAACAUACUAGAUAACAUGGCUAAUGUCACUUACUGUACUACUUGGUCGGAGGCUCAGCAGUAUCUGAUGGACAAUCCUACCUUUGCAGAAGAUGAGGAACUUCAGAACAUGGAUAAGGAGGAUGCACUGAUCUGUUUUGAGGAACAUAUCAGGGCAUUGGAGAAAGAGGAGGAAGAAGAAAAACAGAAAAGUUUGCUUAGAGAAAGAAGACGACAGCGUAAAAAUAGAGAAUCUUUUCAGCUAUUUUUAGAUGAACUGCACGAGCAUGGGCAAUUACAUUCGAUGUCCUCUUGGAUGGAGUUGUACCCAACCAUAAGCUCUGACAUCAGAUUCACUAAUAUGCUUGGUCAGCCUGUUUUUUCAUCAGGAUCAACAGCACUUGAUCUUUUCAAGUUCUAUGUUGAAGACUUGAAAGCACGUUACCAUGAUGAAAAGAAGAUAAUAAAAGAUAUCUUAAAGGAUAAAGGAUUUGUGGUUGAAGUGAAUACUUCUUUUGAAGAUUUUGUUACCGUCAUCAGUUCAACUAAAAGGGCUACUACUUUAGAUGCAGGAAAUAUUAAGCUGGCUUUCAACAGUCUGCUAGAAAAGGCAGAAGCCCGUGAAAGAGAGAGGGAAAAAGAAGAAGCUCGCAAAAUGAAGCGGAAAGAGUCUGCCUUCAAGAGUAUGUUGAAGCAAGCUACUCCUCCAAUUGAAUUGGACGCUGUCUGGGAAGAUAUCAGAGAUAGAUUUGUGAAGGAACCAGCAUUUGAAGACAUCACUCUGGAGUCUGAAAGAAAAAGAAUAUUUAAAGAUUUCAUGCAUGUACUAGAGCACGAGUGUCAGCAUCAUCAUUCAAAGAACAAGAAACAUUCUAAAAAGUCUAAAAAACAUCACAGGAAGCGAUCGCGUUCUCGUUCGGGCUCAGAGUCUGAGGAUGAUGAUAGCCACUCAAAGAAGAAAAGGCAGCGUUCAGAAUCUAGAUCCGUUUCCGAGCGUUCUUCCAGUGCAGAAUCCGAGAGAAGUUACAAGAAGUCAAAAAAACACAAGAAAAAGAGCAAGAAGAGAAGACAUAAGUCUGAUUCACCGGAAUCAGAUAUGGAACGAGAAAAAGACAAAAAAGAAAGAGAGAGAGAGAGCGAAAAGGAUAGAGCUAGACAAAGAUCUGAAUCAAAACAUAAAUCUCCUACUAAAAAACGACCUGGAAAAGAUUCUGGGAACUGGGAUACUUCUGGCAGCGAACUGAGUGAAGGGGAGUUGGAAAAACAGAGGAGGACUCUUUUGGAACAACUGGAUGAAGAUCAAUGAGAACAUUAUUUAUACCAAAUAUGUUUACAUUGUGGCAUAAUAAAAGAAACCAAUGUCUAAUUCAGGACGUGGGUUCCGAUAUCCUGAGUUCCAUUGUUGAAAUACCAGGGGGUUUUCGUUUUACCGCAUCAAUACAUUCAAGUACUAUUAUUACGGGCCUGGCAUCAAAUCUAGAAAAGCGAAUGAAAUUCCGAGUGCGAAGCUCGAGCGUCUGUCCUGGGCCUGCCGGGCAGGAUGGGCGCUCGGCUCACGGCGGAGGCAGCCCUCCGAAGGGAACACCACGAUGGAAGGCAUUUCAGCGCUCGCUGGAGCUUGUCCGCAGGCCCAGGGAAGUGUUGGCACCUUUCUAGCAAAGCAUCUCUUAAGUACGGUCCUUCCUAGAAAGGUAGUAACGCUGGUUUUCCUGGCUGCUGUAGCCAGGUAAAAGUUUUUCAUUUUUAGAAAGAGAUUCUUAAUAUAGUUUCUUGUGGUUUAAUUUGUUUUAUGGAUUUGUUUUUUAUGUUGGAAAAGGGGAAGGCGAUGGAAGGGGAGUAAUGAAUCCAUUUCUUGAUCUGUACUGCAAAAAAAAAAAAAACCCACCCCAGAUACGGGAACUGCUCUUCUGUGAACUGCGUCACUGGCCAAACCCACGCUGAGCUCCUGGGCGAAGACGCGACUUCCUGGCUGGGAUUCCUGUCCAAGGACCGUCGCGGAGUGAAUUUUUACGGUAAAUUUUCAAAGCCCUGGAAAUGCGGUUGACGGGAACGCGGCCGGCCCUUCGUUGCGGCGCCAGCAGAGGAUGCUGCCCGUCACAGCCGCCUCCCCUGUUCCCCUAAAACCCGAUCCGGAACAGCUACGGGUGUUAUUUCAGCGUUUUAUCUUCACGUUAAGAAAACUUAAAAAAUGAAAUUGUAAGUGAAUUUCAAUGUGUUGCCUUAAGAGCCUGCUGAAGAAUGUACCACCGCGUUUCAACAGCAGCCGCGCAGCCGGGUCUAGAACCUCCCUUAAAAAGGGAGAAGGAAGAAGCUUGCGCCCCGUCUCCUCUUUGCUCGCCUCUGGCCAGGUCCGGACGGUUUUGCAGCCCUGCUCGGCGUGGCAGGCAGGGGCUGCUGUGGUACACGGUCGGAAACCUCGCUGAUUGAUUGGAAUAUUUUUGUACAUUUUUAUCAAUUAUUAAACCUUGUCUUCUAGUGUGUACUAGUAUUUAUUCCUGGUUUUAAAUGCUCUGUACAGCUCUGAGAAAUUAUCGCUGUCUUCUGAUUUGCUGGAUUUAAGCAAUGUGUGUGCUCACAGAACCUAUUUGAAGACUGGCUUCAGCGUUCAGCUUCCUUUUCAGUGCAUUUUUCCCUAACGUACGAGAGCUGUUACCAGUGCACAAACA